AUGGAAGAAUUCCAGGCUUCAGAGGAAACUUCUUUUGUGGUUGACGAAGUGAGCAACAUUGUCAAAGAGGCCAUUGAAAGUGCCAUUGGUGGUAAUGCCUACCAGCACAGCACAGUCAAUCAGUGGACUACAAAUGUUGUAGAGCAAACCUUAAGCCAACUCACCGAGCUGGGGAACUCAUUCAAAUACAUCUUGCUGUGUAAUUAUGCAUAAGAAUGGCGCUGGAUUACACACAGCAAGUUCCUGCUUCUGGGACAGCUCCACUGA